UCAAGUCAGCAGGGUCUGAACCGAAUCAUUCCCAUUUCAACGGCGGCCUAAAAACGAGGCUAUUACUCCAAAGGUCAAAGUACUUUGGAGUAUUCCUGUGUUUAGCCUCACUGCACUCCCUCUAGCUCUGUAGACUCCUCCUACCUAGGAAAAGCUCUAGAAGCGAUAUUAAGAAGAUGCCAGACUACUUGGGAAACGACCAGAGGAAAGUGAAGGCUGAGGAUAAGGGAGAUGAAGACAAUAUCAAAUCUCUCGAUGAAGGCGAUAUUCAGAUACUGAAGACUUAUGGUGCCGGUCCCUAUGCCUCACAGAUCAAGCAGACAGAGGAUGACAUUGCAGCCUCACUGAAGAAAGUGAAUGAGCUAGCUGGAGUCAAGGAGUCAGACACUGGCCUUGCUACCCCGGCUCUGUGGGACUUACCUGCCGACAAGCAAGCGUUGCAGAGCGAAGAGCCUCUGCAGGUGGCCCGUUGUACCAAGAUCAUCGACGCUGACACUGAGCAGCCGAAAUAUGUCAUCCACGUGAAGCAGUUUGCAAAGUUUGUCGUCAAUCUGCACAAGAAUUUGGCCCCUACUGACAUUGAAGAGGGAAUGAGAGUCGGGGUGGGUGACCGCAACAAGUACGAGAUCCAUCUCCCAUUGCCACCAAAGAUCGACCCCACUGUCACCAUGAUGCAGGUGGAGGAGAAGCCGGAUGUCACUUAUAACGAUGUGGGAGGUUGCAAGGAACAGAUUGAGAAGCUGAAAGAAGUUGUUGAAACUCCUCUGCUGCAUCCUGAGAGGUUUGUGAAGCUCGGCAUCGACCCCCCAAAGGGAGUGCUGUUAUUCGGACCCCCUGGUACUGGCAAGACCCUACUAGCCAGAGCCGUGGCUAAUCGUACUGACGCUUGCUUCAUCCGUGUCAUCGGCUCAGAGCUGGUGCAGAAGUACGUGGGUGAGGGGGCACGAAUGGUGAGAGAGCUGUUUGAAAUGGCACGCUCCAAGAAAGCCUGCAUCAUCUUUUUUGAUGAGAUUGACGCAGUGGGAGGCACUAGGUUCAGUGAGGGUGAUGGUAGCUCUAACGAGGUACAGCGCACCAUGUUGGAGUUGAUAAACCAGUUGGACGGGUUUGACCCUCGUGGGAACAUCAAGGUCCUCAUGGCAACCAAUCGACCGGACACCCUCGACCCUGCCCUCAUGAGACCAGGACGUAUGGAUAGGAAGGUGGAGUUUGGACUACCUGAUUUAGAGGGUCGGGCUCACAUCUUCAAGAUCCAUGCUGCCAAGAUGAGUGUGGAGAAAGACAUUCGCUUUGAGCUACUCGCCAGGCUCUGCACCAACAACACUGGUGCUGAUAUCCGCAGUGUGUGUACAGAGGCCGGUAUGUUUGCCAUCAGAGCUAGGAGAAAGGUUGCUACCGAAAAAGACUUUCUGGAUGCGGUUAACAAGGUGAUCAAGGCGUAUGCCAAGUUCAGCUCCACCCCUAGAUAUAUGACCUACAACUGAAACUCUCUAUCGAUCAUUCUGACAUUGAAAGUUACUAUAUAUUCCUUGUUGCGUAACAGUGUAUUAAUUAUGUGAGUCUGUCAGUGUGGGCAUAUCCCUUACCUGCUUAUAACAA